AUGACUUUCGCAAAGCUCGAUGAUUCGCCAAUGUUCCGCCAGCAGUUGCAUGGCUUGGAAGAAGGAGCAGAGGCAUUUAGGGGAAGAUGUUCUAAGUUUUACAAAGCAUGUCGAAAGUACACAGAAGGGCUUGGAGAAGCUUACGAUGGGGAAAUCGCUUUUGCAACUGCCCUUGAAACUUUUGGCGGAGGGCAUAAUGAUCCUAUAUUUGCAGCUAUGGGGGGUCAUUUUAUGACGAGAUUCACAAUUGCAUUGAGAGAAAUUGGAACAUACAAGGAAGUUUUGCGGUCACAGGUAGAGCACAUGCUAAAUGAUAGGCUGCUGCAAUUUGUAAAUGUUGACCUCCAUGAUGUCAAGGAAGCCAGAAAGCGUUUUGAUAAGACUUCACUUAUAUAUGAUCAGGCACGUGAGAAGUUUUUGUCGUUGAGGAAGAGCACUAGAAUGGAUAUAGCUGCUAGUAUAGAGGAGGAACUGAAUAAUGCAAGAUCCUCAUUUGAGCAAGCCCGCUUCAACCUGGCUACUGCUCUCUCUGAAAUUGAGGCCAAAAAGAAGUUUGAGUUUCACGAAGCUGUUAGUGGGGUGAUGGAUGCUCAUCUUCGUUACUUCAAACAGGGAUAUGAGCUACUGUACACAAUGGAACCGUAUAUUCAUCAGGUUUUGGAUUAUGCACAACAGACUAGAGAAAGUUGCAACGAGGAACAGACAAUUCUCAAUGAAAGAAUACUAGAGUACAGGAGGCAGAUUGAUAGGGAAAGCAGGCAGUCCUUACGUGGUUGUCAUGGUUCUGUUAGUGGAGAUAGUCUGCAGCCUUUGGCUAGAAGAUCAAAUAAAGUGAUAGAGGAAGUGAUGCAAUCUGCUGCAAAGGGGAAGAUUCAAACCAUUCGUCAAGGAUAUCUCUCAAAACGGUCAUCCAAUCUGAGAGGUGACUGGAAAAGAAGGUACUUCAUUCUUGAUAGUCGAGGGAUGCUGUAUUACUAUCGAAAACCAUGGAACUGGUCAUCUGUAAGGCAGUCUCCACAGAAGAAUAAUUCCUCUGAGAAUGGCACUGGGAUUUUGAGUCGAUGGCUUUCUUCCCACUAUCAUGGUGGAGUGCAUGAUGAAAAAUCCGUUGCACGUCACACUGUCAACUUGCUGACAUCGACAAUAAAGGUUGAUGCAGACCAGACAGACUUAAGGUUCUGCUUCAGGAUUAUAUCACCUUCAAAGAUUUACACUUUGCAGGCAGAGAAUGCACUUGACCAAAUGGAUUGGAUUGAGAAAAUAACUGGAGUAAUUUCUUCAUUAUUGAGUUUCCAGGCACCUGAGAGGCGUCUGUCAACUAGCCAAGCGAGUAGCGAGGAUCAAUUCUCUGCAAGCGAGAUCAACUCAUUAGAAACUUACCCUGAUGUUGAUCAGACAGCCAUUCAGGACCAAUCACCAAGAAUCUUCACUAAUAAUUAUUUUCGUGCCUACAAAAGUUUGCAACCUUAUAAGCCGAGUGUGAAGACUGAGAAGCCAAUUGACAUAUUGAGAAGAGUACGUGGUAAUGACAAGUGUGCUGAUUGUGGGGCACCUGAACCAGAUUGGGCAUCCUUAAACCUUGGUAUUCUUAUUUGCAUUGAAUGUUCUGGUGUUCAUCGCAAUCUUGGUGUACAUGUAUCAAAGGUUAGAUCACUGACACUUGAUGUGAAAGUAUGGGAACCUUCUGUCUUAACCUUGUUUCAAUCUCUGGGGAAUGCUUUUGCAAACUCGAUUUGGGAGAAGAUGUUGCCUUCAAAAAGUACUUCACUGUCUGAUGAUAUUCUUACUGGAAAUUCAAUUGAUCAAUCUCUGGUGACAAAACCCUGUUAUGAUGAUAUGAUUUCAGUAAAGGAGAGAUUCAUUCAAGCAAAGUAUGCAGAAAAGCGUUUUGUUUGUCCCAGACAGAUCAGUCAGAAACUCCACCCUGUGGAGCAACAGUUGUGGAAAAGCGUCUAUACGAAUGACAAGCAAGCUGUUUACCGCUAUAUUGUAAGCUUUGAAGCUGAUAUUAAUGAGGCUUACAAUUCUACAGACAAGCCUUCCUCAAGUAGUUCAAAUUUAUCAAGUAAAAGAGAAGAUAGCCUCAUAGAAAACAUCGCUGAGGGUUGUUCCCUGCUUCACAUAGCCUGCCAAGUUGCUGAUAUUGGCAUGGUAGAGCUACUUUUACAGUAUGGUGCAAAUAUAAACGCUUCUGAUUUGAAAGGCCAAACGCCACUCCAUUAUUGUGUUAUGAGAGGGAAUCCUGCUAUUACAAAGAUGCUUCUCAUGAGAGGAGCAGAUCCUCAAGCCACUGACAGAGAAGGUAAAACACCAAGUAAGCUUGUAUCAGAAUCAGCCGUAAAUGACAAUGGGAUGCUUUCUAUGCUAAACACAGGCAGGAUUUCUCCUGAAACUGUCUCUGGUUCCACAAGACGCUCGAAUCCACAAGAGAUCUAUCGUGUUCACGCUUCCCUUGAAUCAAAUAUCAUGCUGAACGACGACAUACUUGGCCUGAUCCUUGAAAAAAUCCUACACCAAGAAGACAGAGACUCGUUCGCGGAGGUGUGCAAGCAAUGGUUAAGAGUGCGACGUCUAAACCGAAGAUAUCUUCUGCUUUACGAUUGCAUACCGGCGGGGGACUUUACAUUCCCAAACUUAGUCGAUGUCAGGACAUGGAUGAUGCCUAACCGCAGUGGAGUCAUAAUUGAACCGCCGCCCGACGCCCGCCUCAUCUCGAUAGCCAAAGCAUGUCCCAGACUCGAGAGUUUGACGGUGGGCAUUUAUGACGACGAACAACAGGUCGAUGGUGACGGUGCUUAUGGCCCAGAAAGUAUGCAUGCUUUGGCAACUGGGUUCCCCAACUUGUCUGAGCUUAUAUUCUGGGGGAGAAAGGUGGUGGGAAAUCCUGCAGUUGUUGCGUUUUUUCACUCAACACAUAAGAACUUGAAGGAAUUGUAUGUGAUAGAUAAUGUUCUUAUCUCUGACCCAGCAGUUAGAGCAAUUGGAUCAUCAUCCAUAAUCACCUUGGAAUUGGAAUGUUGUGAUAACGUUACUGAUGUGGGAUUAGGGUUUUUGGCAGCCUCAAAAACUAUCGAGAUUCUGACCCUCACAAAGUGCCCUAAAAUCACUGAUGCCUGUGUCGAGCUAUUGCGUAGCAUGUGUAGAUUGGUUUACCUGUCAUUCACCUGCAAGGUGAAAAAUCAAUUGACUGAAACUGGAGUCGUGGCGAUUUCUAGAAUUCAAACCCUAAAGCAAUUGAAUUUGAGUAAUCUGGACAUGUCAGACCGCGCCAUGGUCGCUCUUGCCAAGAAUUGCAGCAACUUGGAGGAACUUGCUUUAGAGAAUUCUGAGGUGACCGGAACUGGCGUUCGUGCAUUUUCAGGUCAUAAAUACCUGAAAUUUCUUUCAGUAAUGUAUUAUUUGCCUUGCAACCAGUUGCCUUACAACUUCAAGCUAUCAGAGUUGAAAUACAACUUCGAUCAAUCAGAUGUGGAACACAUAGCGCUUAGAUGCCCGUCAUUGGACUGUGUUGUAUUAUUCGAGUGGUUUAAAUAG